AUGAAUAACUCAAAAAGUCCUGUUACUAAAGAUGAUAAAGCUUCGAAUGGACAUCACUUCUCCGAAUCGAAUCAAUCUGCAUUUCGUCGCAUUGCAUCAAUUAAAUCUGAGCCAACUGAUAAGAUCAAUGAGAAAGUAACAAAAAAUGGCACAUCGAUAUCUUCGGAUGAUCUUCCUCUCAAUAAAAAUGCGAUUCCUAAUCCAUUCCUAUCACCUCUGAUUACUUCAUCAUCUGAUUUUCAUUCUCAUCUUGCUCUAUUACGUCCACUUCUUUCACAAAGUUUACCAUUUGUACCCCCACUAAAUCCUUCAUCUUUCUGGCACACAUUUCCAUUUCUUCAUCCCUAUCUAUCGAACAUUCGUCCUCCUGCAGGACUUCUUCCACCACCCAUUCCACCUAUUCCAUCGUCCUCAUCCUCAAUUCAACCCAAAGCAUCAACAUCAACGAACGCUAACAAUCGAAAGUCAACACCGGCAACACACUACCAUCAAUAUACAAUCACAAAUAACAAUGUUCUAGUACCAUCUCCUGCAACACUGAUCGAUUUCAUUCGUCGACCAACAACUUCCAAUGGCGAUGCAAACAAUUCACAUUCAACAGCAAAUGCAACGAAAUCGAAAAAUGCCAAGAAAUACAAAUGUGACAUUUGUUCACGAGCAUUUUCAAGAAGCAAUACAUUAGUUACACAUAAGCGUAUUCAUACAGGUGAAAAGCCUUUUGUAUGUGACAUAUGCGACCGAGCUUUUCGUCAACCAGGAAACUUAACGCGACACAAAUUAACUCAUACAGCAGCUAAACCGUAUGCAUGUGGCAUCUGUUCUAAAGCAUUCAAUCGAGCAUCGAAUUUACACGCACAUCAACGUACUCAUUCAUCAAUGAUACCGAUGACAAUGAAACCAAUGGCAAUGAUGACAACAAUGUCUAAUAAUGAUCAUAAUAAUAAUAAUAACAAUAAUAAUGGCCAUGCUUCUUAUAAGUGUGCGUAUUGUCAUGAUGUUUUUCAACAUAAAUUUGAGCUUAAUCUACACACAGCUGCACUGCACAGUUCUGAAGUGAGAUUAUUUUCAAAUAACAAUAAUAAUAAUAAUAAUAAUCAUGAGGAAGGUGAAGUUGACGACGACGAUGAUGAAGAUGACGAAAUGGAAGAUGAACAAUUGUAUGGAAAAGAAGAGGAAAUGUCGGAUGACAGCGAACAAAAUAUUGAUUUACUUGAAGAUUAA